UGGCAAUCCCAUGAGGAUGGGGGCAUUAUUGACAGCUUUGCUUCAACUUUUUUAUUUGCACAUUCUAAAGUUAAACCCUAAUAAUUAGUAUUUACCCUUCUUUAUGCAUGUUUUUUACUUCUUUUAGUAGUUCUUUCUUUUUUCUAGCCAAGAAUCCAAAGAAUGUUUUUGCAUAAUGCUGCUUCAUGAUUUUGAUAUUUUGUCUAUCAUCCUGAAUAGAGUGAAAGUGCCAAAUUCAUAAAGUAUUCGUAUAGGAUUUCAUUGAACUUCAAUCUUUUAUUUUCAGAGUCUGCAAUCUUGUACACCAUUUUACUCAUGGCUCCCAACAAGUUAGCUGCCAUGCUAACCAGAAACAGUCGCAAAAUUGUGUUUGUUCUAGUGCAUUCUUUUCUUGAAUGGGUUCUGAUUGUUUUUCUUCUUUCUAACUCCAUUUUCUCUUACAUGACCAGAAAGUUUGCCCAUUAUUUUGGCCUUAAACAGCCUUGCAUUUUGUGCUCUCAAAUUGAUCACUUACUAGAACCAAUGAAAACUAGAGAUUCUUACAAGGCUCUGGUUUGUGAGAUUCAUGCCAGUGAGAUUUCAAAGAUGGGUUACUGCUCGAAUCAUCACACAUUUGCUGAAUCACAUCAAAUGUGCGAGGAGUGUUUCCCUGCUAAGUCCAAGAACUUUCCCUCUUAUCAGAUUGAAAGUAACGAGAAAGUAUGGAGAUGCUCCUGUUGUGAGAAAAUACAAGAGGACAAAGCUGAGGAAAUUGGGUCGAAAGCUAAUGAUGUUGGCUCAGAAUGUGAACCUCAGAUCCUUUCGGAUUUUGAAAGCAUUUACCUCAGGGAAGCAGCAGAAGAGGACAGUAAUGAAGAUGAUCAAGUGGAUGCUCAUACAGCUGAUGAAAACAAGACCAGAGUAGAAGAGGCCCUGCAUGGAACUCUUUCGGAUGAGACGAAGAGUGAUUAUGAUACUUUCAUUACAAUGAAAAGGCUCAAAUCCGAUCUUGAAAGUGAACAAAAAGCUAGAAAUGAGCUGUAUUCAGAACUAGAGGCAGAGAGAAAUGCUGCUGCAAUAGCUGCAAACCAGACAAUGGCCAUGAUAACAAGGCUUCAAGAAGAGAAAGCUGCAAUGCAAAUGGAGGCACUACAAUACCAAAGGGUGAUGGAGGAGCAAGCAGAAUAUGACCAGGAUGCGUUACAACUGUUAAAUGAAGUAGUAGUCAGACGCGAGAAAGAGCAGAAAGAACUCGAGGAAGAACUAGAUGUGUAUCGUGAGAGAUUUUCAGAUUAUGAUACAAAAGAGAAGGCUAUGCAAUUGAUUCAGAAAUGCAAUGGGAAUUUCACUUCUUCCUGCAGCAUUGACAAUGAUAGUGAUGUGCUAUCUAUUGAUUUAAAUAAUCAUUAUAACAAAGUUGAAGAUAGUAAUGUUUGCAAGGAUAAUUCUCUUAUGGAAUGUUCCAAACAAUGGGGUGCAAUUGAAGAUUCACUUGAAGAGCUUGAAGAAGAGAGAAUCUCUAUAAUAAAACGGCUUAAGGAGUUGGAAGAGAAGCUUAAACAGGAUGAACAAGUGUUUGAGGAAGAAAACAAAAUGGAGAUUUUACUAGGUAAAAAUGACUUGGACGAUACAAAUUCAGAGUUCUGCAGUCAAGAAGUAAAUCUGGUAUCUUGUUGUUUCUCUAACAGCAUAAUGAUCAGUAAAAAUGAUCCGAAAACAAUGGCUUCAGUUGCUCGCAGACUGCUUGAUCUUGUAGAAUCAGAUGAUAAUGAAAUAACAUUAACUAAUGAAGUUGGAGUAGAUAAGGAUAGCAAAAGGCUUGCAAUGGAAAAGGAGAUGGAGCAUGUAUAUGGAAGGCUACAAGCAUUAGAAGCUGAUACAGAGUUUCUUAGGCACUGUAUUGGCUCUGUCAAUAAAGGAGAUGAAGGACUACUUCUUCUUCAACAAAUCUUGCAACAUCUUCGUCAGUUAAGAGAUGCAGAAAUUUGCCUGUCAUCAAAUUAGGUCAUCUUGUGUGUCAAUGCUUAUGUCCUUUUUACACUUUUUUUUCCUCUUGGUUCUUUAUAGAGUUUCUUAGGCACUGUAUUGACUCAUGGUCUUUUUUUCACAUAAACGUUGAUAAUAUUUCGAAUAUGUUUGUCAAAAGUCAAAACUAUUUGUUGACUAGAAUGAAUAGUCUUAUAAUUUUAUUUUUUUGUAUUAUUA